UACUGAAAGAUAACAGAGACGCUACUCGACAAAGCACAACUCACAAAACGGUUCCCGAGUUCUGAGUGACUCAAUAAAUUUACUCUUUCGUAUCCCCAGAUCUCCUCUUUCUUCUCCGAUUUUCCUUUGUUUUUUUUCCAUUUUCCUGAGAUCUCCCAACAGUCACUUUUCUCCCAGUUUUCUGUAUUUAACAUUAUUACGAACAAAUACAAGUCCCAUAUUACCAUGUCCCCGAAUCUCUUCCUUCCUCUAAUCCUGUGUCUAGUUUUCGUGUCGGCGACGCGUUCGACGGCCCAGCGAGGCGGCGGAACGGUGGUCACGGAGCUUUGGUGCGUAGCAAAGAACAACGCGGAGGACACGGCGCUGCAGGGAGCGCUUGAUUGGGCGUGCGGUCAAGGCGGGGCGAACUGCAACCCUAUCCAGCAAGGCGGACCCUGUUCCGACCCAACCGAUAUCCAGAAAACGGCGUCUUAUGCCUUCAAUGACUACUACUUGAAGAACGGCAUGACCGACGAUGCUUGCUCCUUCUCCAACAAUGCCGCCCUCACUUCUUUAAACCCCAGCUAUGGAAAUUGCAAGUUCCCUUCCAGCAAGACAGUGAACAAUGCAAGCAUCUCUGAGUCAACCGGAACACUGGGGGUGGGGCCGGAUUAUACAGAUCUGAGUGCUUCUCAUCGCAUUGCUCAAUCCUGGCUGAUUCUUGCUCUUUUCUUUCAUUCAUUUUGUUACUGUAAGGAUCUUCCCACUAGCUUAGUGUGAAAAUGAAGAUUUAGUUUAGAAUUUUGAAGCAGCAAAGGCAAAUGGUAAUUGGAGGACAAGUCGUAUUUAUUUGAACUUUUGGGUUGGAUAUUUAGUUUUGUCAACCUAUUUAAUGAAUCUUUUUGCAAGUGUUUUCCACC